AUGUCUUAUCUUCCGUCUGAAUUGGUAGAAGAAAUACUCUCUAGGGUUCCAGCCAUAUCUCUGAUACGACUACGAUCUACAUGCAAACAAUGGAAAGCUUUAUUCAAUGACAGAGGAUUCACUGAGAAGCACUUUUCUAAAGCGCCAAAGCAGUCCCUGGGUCUAUUAGUCAUGUUGAAGGAAUCUAGAAUUUUCUCAAUGAACGUCAUGACUCUCAGCUUCGCUGAUCCAUCGUCCAAUGAAACUAAGGUUCCACUUGUUCCAAAUUAUUAUUUCGAACAAGUCAAUAUAUUCCAAGUUUUUCACUGUAGCGGUUUGUUGUUAUGCACCACCAAGGACAAUGGACUUGUGGUUUGGAAUCCUUGUUUGGAGGAAACUAGAUGGAUUCAACCCAAAACUGAUAAUGAGAGAUACCUUUGGAGUAGUUUCUUUCUAGGUUACGAAAACAACAAAUUUUGCCAUACCUACAAAAUUUUGAGGUGUGACCUACUAAGUGUUGAGUAA